GCUCUUUUCAGAUUGGUAUUCUCCUUCUAUUCUCUUUGGAUCUUCGCAGCCUCUGUCAACCUGCAGCUAUGAAUUAUUUGCGCCGGCGUCUCUCAGACAGCACUUUCAUCUCCAACCUGCCCAAUGGCUACAUGUCGGACCUCCAGAGGCCUGACCCCGCAACCCCUCAGCCCACCACCCCAACCACCCCCGCCGCCCCGGCUAAGUCCCCCACGGCCGGGACCGCGCCUCCUGCCACGUCCCCUGCUCCGGAGAGGAAACCACCGUCGUCCCAGUCCACCGGGUCGGGCUUCUUCAGCUCCAUCACCAACGUGGUGAAGCAGACCGCUGCCUCAGCGGGGCUGGUGGAGCAGAGCCAAGUCACGACGUCCAAGAAGUUCAAGAUCCUCCUGGUGAUCGACGAGCCCCAGCAGGAGUGGGCAAAAUUAUUCCGGGGCAAGAAAGUGCUUGGAGACUAUGACAUCAGAGUGGAGCAGGCUGAAUUCAAUGAGAUCAACAUCUUGGCUCACGCCAAUGGAACCUGCAAUGUUGACAUGCAGGUGUACAGGAAUGGCACCAAGGUUGUCAGGUCCUUCAGGCCCGACUUUGUCCUCAUCCGCCAGCACGCCUUCAGCAUGACCCAGAACGAGGACUUCCGCAACCUGGUGAUCGGCCUGCAGUACGGCGGCGUCCCGUCCAUCAACUCGCUGGAUUCCAUCUACAAUCUGUGCGACAAGCCCUGGGCGUUUGCCCAGCUGAUCACCACCUACAGGAGGCUUGGUGCUGAAAAGUUUCCUCUGAUCGAGCAGACCUUUUACCCCAACUACAAAGAGAUGGUAACCAUGCCAGCGUUCCCCGUGGUGGUGAAGAUUGGACACGCCCACUCGGGCAUUGGGAAGGUGAAGGUGGAGAACCACAGUAAGUUCCAGGACAUAGCCAGCGUCGUGGCUCUGACCCAGACCUACACCACCACCGAGCCCCUCGUGGACGCCAAGUACGACAUCAGGAUCCAGAAGAUCGGCAGCGACUACAAGGCUUACAUGAGAACUUCUAUAUCUGGUAACUGGAAGAGCAAUACAGGCUCCGCCAUGCUGGAGCAGGUGGCCAUGACUGACAGGUACAAGCAGUGGGUGGACACCUGCUCAGAGGUCUUCGGGGGUCUGGAGAUUUGUGCCGUCAAAGCCAUCCACGGCAAGGAUGGAAAGGAUUACAUCACAGAGGUUGUGGGCUCCUCCAUGCCCCUGGUAGGGGAGCACCAGGCGGAGGAUCGGCAGCUCAUUGCCGACAUGGUGCUGGCCAAGAUGGAGCAGGAAGCACAGAAUGCAGCUAACGCCUCCCAGAGACCAACCACCACACAGCCAUCACAGGGCGGCGGGCAGAAGGGCGAGCUGGUGGCCGACCCCACGAAGAACGGAGCUGCGCCGCCCCCUCAGGGCUGCCUGCAGUACAUCCUGGACUGUAACGGCGUGGCGGUGGGGCCCAAGCCCGUCCAGGCCAACUGACCUGUUGAAGAAGGAGCAGCAUCAGUGGGGUAGAGCCCAGAGAUCUAGAUAACCAGUGGCGUACAUUAUGGGAACACGAGAUGCAUAGGCAUGUAAAGGGGGGGGGCUUUUGGGAGCUAGAGCCAAAAUGUUGGCGCUUGUUAUUCACGGACCAGCGCUGGGUUGGCCUGGAUUUGGCGGUGUUUUCCUUGUUUUGGUUUUCUUCCUCUAUGCAGUGUCCAAAUGUACUGUCUUCUUGUUGAUUCGCGUGGAUUCGUGUGCUUGUAAUGGUCGCUCGCUCUGUUGCCCUGUUAGCUGUAGUCUUUCCCUUGAAGCUGUCGUUGAUGAUGUAAUAAGCAGAUUGUGCCUACACUCCCCAAGUCCAGUGCUGCCCCGUGCCACCGGUUUGACACAGAUAUGGCCCCCACACACACACACACACACACACACACACAAACACACAAACACACACUCUAAACACAGCCCCAACACCUACUCCCUUUUCUUUUUUUAACUCCCAAGCUUAUUCUUUUGCCCACGCACGACACAUCCCACCCCCCGCCGU